CAAUUAGUGCAAAUGAAAAAAGACUGACGAAUCGGGUUGAAAUUUGAAAGAAAUCAUGUGGAAAUCAUUUACCUCACGCCUAUUUCAUUUCGACGAAAUAUUAGGAAAGCAAUGAUGUGCAGUGACAAUAGUACUUUAAUUAAUUUCGCUAAAGAUACUUGGAAAAGUUUGCGGCAAGUGUAAAUAUCUAUUCGGUCAAUACAAAAUGUUUCGGCUGUGAUUUAAUCAAUCAUGACCACAAUGAAGAAUCCUAAUACGUCGUCUUCUAAACUCGCUCUUCUUAGUCAUAUCAAAUAUGAACAUUUGGUAGCUGGAAUAUCUGGUGGCGUAACGUCGACUCUGAUCUUACAUCCUCUAGAUUUGAUCAAAAUUAGAUUCGCUGUAAAUGACGGCCGGACAGCGACAGUUCCGCGAUACGAUGGCCUCGGCAGUGCUUUCGUGACAAUUGUCAAGAAGGAAGGUGUUCGGGGUCUGUAUAGAGGAGUCACUCCUAAUGUCUGGGGCUCUGGUUCAGCUUGGGGCUUCUAUUUCUUAUUCUAUAAUGCAAUAAAAACAUGGAUCCAAGGCGGCAAUGCCAGGACGCCCCUAGGUCCCGGCCUCCAUAUGCUAGCCGCGGCAGAAGCCGGUAUCCUCUCUCUGCUGAUGACAAACCCCAUUUGGGUGGUUAAAACUAGGCUCUGUCUGCAAUACAGCGAGGAGCAUCUAGCUGAUAACAAGAGAUAUAAAGGGAUGGUUGAUGGCCUAACCAAGAUUUAUCGGACGGAAGGCAUACGAGGUCUAUAUAGGGGUUUCGUUCCCGGCAUGUUUGGAGUAUCACACGGCGCUCUACAAUUUAUGACAUAUGAAGAAAUGAAAAAUAGAUACAAUCAAUAUAGAAAUCUGCCCAUCGACAUCAAAUUGACGUCGGUAGAAUACCUGACGUUCGCGGCAGUGUCGAAGCUGCUAGCCGCGGGUGCAACGUACCCGUAUCAAGUGAUUCGCGCCCGUCUGCAGGAUCAGCACAGGGUGUACCGUGGAGCGUGGCACUGCGUCACUGAAACUUGGAGGCACGAGGGAUGGCGUGGUUUCUACAAGGGACUGAAACCGAAUUUGAUACGCGUUAUCCCGGCAACAAUGAUCACUUUCCUAACAUACGAAAACGUAUCGCAUUUUAUGCUUAAUCGAGGAAAAGAAAUAAAGAUGUCCUCCUAAAUUUCAUAAUGUUGCCUUUGUAUAGUUUUUAUUAUUUAUAAAUAAUUCAAGAUUUUAAUAGUGUGACUACAUUUCCAUAUACGUUAAACGCGAUUUAUCGCAAUUCGGGUUUCUCAGUAUUUAAAGAUGGUCUAAUUAUAAUAUCAAACCAUUGCGUUAACAGUGACCAAAGUGAAAAACUGAAAUCGCCAUUUGAAGCAUUUUAUUCUUGUAAAUUUUUUGUUAUGCAUAAUACUUGGAAGGCCGGCAACGCACUCGCGAGCCCUCUGGCAUUGAGUGUCCUGCCUGUUUUCCCUGUUCUAUAAUAUAUCUGAAAAUACACUUUAAAAUAUUAACCUGUUUCUAUUUCCGAAAUACCAGUCGUUAUUCAUAAUUUAUCUAAAGCUCAAUCGUUUGUUGCUACCCGGGACCUGUAAUAAUAUGUUUCGUAAUAAUUACGAUUAGUUUUUCGGAUAAAAUAUGUUUUGUUUCAACUGCGAAUUAAAGCGAGGUUGGCUGUGUUCGAGUGAUGUGUAUUAAGUUCUUCUUAUUAUUAUUAUUUUAAGUAUGUAUGAGAUUUUUGUAUAAACAGAAGGUUAGGUAGAAUAGUUUUUGCUUUUAAUAAAUUGAGUAUGAAUAAA